GUCACUUCCGGUAUGUAAAGAUGUCGGACACGAACGUCGUUGGGAAUAAUUGAACUGUGUUUUGUAGCUCUUGUUGCUUGUUAAUGAGAACCUGCUUCAUCAUGGAGCGACUUCUGUUACAGUCGUAGUCAGCGGAGCAGCUGGAGGAAGAUUAAGAACGUUUUCACGAUGAGCAGUCGAAGGAAGAGGGCCCCUCCUGUGAGGGUGGAUGAAGAAUCGAAAAGGAAGCUGGAGUGGAACAUGCUGGAGGACCGGAAGAACGAAGCGAUUGAGGAAGACGACAAGACUCCGUCCUCCUCCUAUCUUUCAGUCGACCCAACAGCCGGCAGUUCCUUUCUGUCUGCAGUAGAAGACAUCACCGAGGCUGCCUGCACUCGCCCGGUUCAGUUUUCGGACGAACUUCCAAGGACGUCCUCAGAUAGCACCUCUGCCUCCACCUCUUUGGCACUCUCUGUGGUGCCAGCUUUGAAACUGGGCCACAUCUGGAAGGCUCUUAUUGGGGAGUUCAGCAUUAGGCCAGCUUGGCUGCCUUCUGACUAUGAGCAGAGAUCUUUUACGGUGUGCCGGGUGGGUGAGCAGCUCUACCUGAGUUACAGCAGCCGUGAUGAGAGCUCAGGACUGCAGUGGACCCUUGAGGAAGACAGUUGUCCUGUCGAGUGCAACCUCAGUAGGAUCCCGUUCGAGGACCUCAACUGGCUGCAGAAGAGGAGGGCAGUGCAACUCUGCCACCAGACAAAAGAGCAGGAAGUUAAGGUGGGAAUUUAUUUGCUAGAAACUGGGCUGGGAAAACCAGAGUUCCUCAGUGAGGGAAAUGCUCGUCUGAAGAAAGCGAAUCAGCUGAUGCAGAAACUAAUGGAAUAUUUCUACAAUUUCAUCAUUCCCGAAGUUGUAGAGAACGAAGAGGUGGAGUGUGACAUGGACCUGGAGAGACAAAACGUGGAGGAACUCUAUGAUUACGUGAGGCACCAGCAUCAAAAAGAGAACCUGGAUGUAACAUAUGACGUCCAGGACAAGGUUCUUAUUCCCGUCCUCAGGCCAUAUCAGACCCAGGCAGUUAACUGGAUGCUGAGGAGAGAGAAAUACAGCAUCAAUGCGCCUAAAGAAAACUCCCUGCAUUUCCUCUGGCGAGAGAUGUUGACUUUAUGUGGCAAGAAGUUGUUCUAUAAUCCUUUCACCGGCUGCAUAAUUCGAGAAUUCCCGCUGGCGGGUAUUGAGUGGCCCGGUGGGAUCCUGGCCGAUGAGAUGGGGCUCGGAAAGACGGUGGAGGUUUUGGCGCUCAUCUUGUUUCAUACUCGACAGAAUUUGGAGCAGGAGGUCCUCACAUUGCCUCUGGGAAAAUCUGUGAAUUACUUUGUUCCACCUCGUCCGUCAGAAGAGAAAACUACACGCUGCAAGGCUGAAGCUCAGCCAAAAAUGAAAACAUCCCACCCAACUGUGCGUGUGAUGUUACUAAAUGCGAUAAAGGAAAUGCGAACCGGCAAAGGAGCCUCGGUCAACGCAGUGUUCACCUACAUCCGGGCCACCUAUGGCUACGACCUCCUAAAGAACCGCGGUCACAUCAAGAAGAUGCUGGCGAAGCUAAUAAAUGAAGGCAUCGUCGACCGCGUGAAGGGUCGAGGCUUGGCAGGGUCUUUCAAGUUGGGAAAGAACUACAAAGAAACAAAGAAAAUCUUGUCGGGAGCAUCCAAGUCUAUUUUCAAAACAGCUGAGAGCACACCUAGGAAAAUGUUUCAGAGACGAGCCAAAGGGAAAGCAGAGGCAGCUCUGCAAAACUCCCUCUCAGACAAUCAAAGAGGUCUGAGCCCCACAUCUGACUGCUGUGAAACAGAAGGAAAAGAACCAAAGCAAUGGGAUGAAUGCUUGAAUGAGAAAGCUGAUCAGGAAGGUGAUGUGAUGGAUACUACCACAGCAUCUUUACAGAAAUCUCCAGGUAAAUGUGAGUCAGACACACGGGACGUUCCCAGAAUGGACGAGCUACCUGAAGAAAGAGGAAUAGCCUCUCGGACAGAUUCACAGAAUAAGACAGAAAUGCCAACCAGGGCAUCUGUAGUCCCGUUCAACACCCUUGAUUACCGCUUUGAGUGCAUUUGUGGAGAGCUGGGCAUUAUUGACUACAAGGCCCGUGUGCAGUGUAUGAACUGUCAGCUGUGGCAACAUGCGGACUGUGUAAACUAUAAAGAGGAAAGCCUUACUACUACCCCCUUCUACUGCCCUCACUGCCUGGUGGCUAUGAAACCAGUCUCCACUGGUGCCACGCUCAUUAUUUCCCCAAGCUCCAUCUGCCACCAGUGGGUCGAAGAGAUCAACCGCCACAUCAGAUCCUCCUCCCUGCGGGUUCUGGUAUAUCAGGGUGUGAAGAGACACGGGUUUAUCCAGCCUCAUAUGCUCGCUGAGCAGGACGUCGUCAUCACCACCUACGACGUGCUUCGAUCUGAACUCAACUACGUCGACAUUCCUCACAGCAACAGCAGGGGCGGCCGACGCUUCCGCAACCAGAAGCGCUACAUGGCGGUUCCCAGCCCCCUGGUGGCUGUAGAGUGGUGGCGCAUCUGUCUGGACGAGGCCCAGAUGGUUGAGUGUCCCACUGCUAAGGCUGCAGAAAUGGCUUUACGUCUUGCCUCUGUCAACCGAUGGUGCGUCAGUGGCACUCCCGUCCAAAGAGGCUUAGAAGAUCUGUACGGCCUGGUGCUUUUUCUCGGAGUGGAUCCAUACUGGGUUAAACACUGGUGGGACCAACUGCUUUAUCGCCCUUAUCGCCGUGGAAACACCGAACCUCUGUACAACGUGAUUGCUCAGAUAUUAUGGCGGUCGGCUAAAAAAGAUGUCAUCGAUCAGAUUCAGAUUCCCCCUCAGACCGAGGAGGUGCACUGGCUUCACUUUUCUCCCGUUGAGGGUCAUUUCUACCACCGCCAGCACGAGGUCUGCUCCCAGGAUGCUUUGGUCAAACUCAGAAAAAUCUCAGACUGGAGCCUGAAACUGGGCAGCCUCGACCGCCGCACCGUCAACACCAUCCUGUACCCACUGCUGAGGCUGCGCCAGGCCUGCUGCCAUCCGCAGGCUGUGAGGGGCGAGUUCCUGCCUCUGCAGAAAAGCACCAUGACAAUGGAGGAACUCCUCAAGUCCUUGCAGAAGAAAUGUCGAGUGGAGUGUGAAGAAGCUCACAGGCAGUUGGUGUGUGCACUCAAUGGUUUGGCUGGAAUUCACAUCAUCAGAGGUGAGUUUGUAGAGGCUACGGAGAUGUAUAGAGAAGUUUUGCGUUCAUCAGAGGAGCACAAAGACAGGCUGAAGACUGAUUCAUUACAGAGACUUCAUGCCACCCACAACUUAAUGGAGCUGUUAAAUGCAAAGCAUCCUGGGAUUCCUCCGACACUCAGAGAUGACAGACUCGGUGAAGAGGCUGAGCAGCUGCGGCAGCAUUACAUGACCAAAUAUGACUCGGAGGUGGCCGACGCCCACCAGGCCCUGCAGCCGGUGCUGCAGAACAUCAAAGAGCUGAAGCGCAAAGUUAACCUAAACUCCCCCUGGUGGUUGGAAGUCAUCCAGAGGGCAACCCGUUGUUCCACUGAUGAAGAUCUGAUGUCUCGUGUCAAGAAUGAGCUAACCCAGAGCUACAAGCAGCAGUGCCACAAGCUCUCCAUGGCAGACAAGUUCCGUGAUGCCUGUGGUCUGCAGUUCCUACUCACCACACAAAUGCAAGAUCUAAUGAAGUCACAAAACACUGUGCGAGACGCAGUGAAGAGUCUUGAGGGCCCGGCUUCUAAGGAAGUGAUAGAAGAGGCCACCAUUUGCCACCUUAGGCCAAUGCGACUGCCACUCAAUAACUGUGUGUUUUGUAAGGCAGAUGAGCUUUUCACUGAUUAUGAAUCCAAGUUGUUUGCUCACACGGUGAAAGGUCAGACGGCCAUCUUUGAAGAAAUGAUCGAGGAUGAGGAAGGCCUGAUGGACGACCGUCUCCCCACCACCAGUCGCGGCCUGUGGGCAGCCAGCGAGACUGAGCGCACUCUGAAAGCCAUCUUGUCAUUCGCCAAAGUGAAACGCAUGGACCCGGACCUGGUGGAGGAGGGGAACACUUUCAUGGAGCUGUUUGAGAACUGGAAGAAGGAGUAUAAAGUGUUGCAUGAGUACUGGAUGGUGCUGCGUAAUCAUGUGUCAGCCAUUGAUGAGUUGGGCAUGGCUACCGAACGGCUGCGUGUUCGUCUGCCUGAUGAGCCGAAGCCCAAACUGCUGCACAUUAUAGAACCCCAUGAAGUGGAGCAGAACAGAGUAAAACUUCUGAACGACCAGGCUGUGGCCAAGUCUCAACUCCAAAAGAAGCUUGGACAGUUCCUGUAUCUAACUAAUCUGGAAAAGUCACAGGACAAGUCAACUGGAGGGCUGAACCCAGAGCCGUGCCCCAUCUGUGCCCGACCCCUGGGACAGGAGUGGGCAGUGUUGACUUGCGGCCACUGCUUUUGUAAUGAAUGCAUUGCCAUCAUUGUGGAGCAGUACAGCGUGGGCUCAAGGCGGCGUGCCAUUAAGUGUGCCAUUUGCAGACAGACUACUUCCCACACAGAAAUCUCCUACGUGUUCACUACCCAGUCGUACAACCACGAGCAAGACAUACCAGUCAAGGGAAGCCACUCUACCAAAGUGGAGGCUGUUGUGAGAACACUAAAGAAGAUUCAGAGGAAUGAUCCCAUUGCCAAGUGUCUUGUCUUUUCAACAUGGCAGAGUGUCCUGGACAUCAUCGCCAAGGCCUUGUUGGACAAUAACAUGGAGUUUUCACAAAUUAAUGGAAUUCAUAAAUUCCAGGAGAAUCUUAGUUCUUUCAAGUAUGAUGAAAAGAUCAACAUUCUCCUCCUCCCUCUCCACACGGGCUCCAAUGGGCUGAAUAUUAUUGAAGCAACACACGUGUUGCUGGUCGAACCGAUCCUCAACCCAGCUCAUGAACUCCAGGCUAUAGGAAGGGUUCACCGGAUUGGCCAAACUAAGCCUACAUUUGUACACAGAUUCCUGAUCAAAUCCACUAUCGAGGAGAGAAUGCAAGCAAUGCUGAAGACAGCAGAAAAGAGUCACACCAGCACAACCAUGAAGCAUUCAGAGGCUGCCGUUCUGACAGUAGCUGACCUGGCUGAUCUGUUUACUGAGGACACUGAACCUCUGGAGUGAUUCUGCACACCGACGUUGCACCUGGAGGGAGAUCAGCUACAGAAAGCAGCUGACUCCUGAUACAGUGCCGAUAAAAGUACUCAGAUUUUGCACAUUCCUUUUUUUUUUUAUAUGUAAGCAACUUGAAAUGUGAAAUGCAUUUCCAAGAAUAUGUAAUUUUUUAGCAAAUCACUGACAAAUAACAUGUUUGGCAAACAUAUUUAAAGUCACUUUUUAUUGUAAGUCAGUUAUUGUUCUAAUGGUCCCAACUGUUUAUACUCAUGUUUAAUUGUAACAUUUGAUUAGACUGUGUAGCGUUGUUGUUUGUGCUACUCUGAUAUAUUUACUGUGUGUGCAUUUAUAUACAAUCUCACAUUAUGGCCACAAUCGAAACUCCCUCUUUCAGGGGAAAUUGCAGCGUUCAGGAAAUAAAAAAGUGUGUCAAUGAAA